CAUGCUUUUGUGACUCAUUCCUGCAGUUCUUGAUAUGCAAGUGUAAGCUGGAGAGCAAGAAGGACGCGCUCCUCAUUCUGUCCAAAGAGCUGGACAGCUGUCAGCAGGAGAGAGACCAGUACAAACUGAUGGCCAACCAGCUGCGAGAGACACACCAGAGCUUGAAGAAGAAAUACAGAGAACUCAUUGAUGGCGACUCUUCACUUCCACCGGAAAAACGUAAUCAGGUCAAUCUGGCUCAGUUGUUAAUGGAUUCGAGGGAAAGAAACAAGAAGCUAGCCGACGAGAUAAAGGAACUGACUCAGAGACUCAGCGAGACACAGGGAGACAAUAAGCUGUUAAGAAUGACCAUCACCAAACAGAGGCUUGGGGACGAUGAAGUCGGGGUCAGACAUUUCCCUGCUCACGAGCGCGAGGAUCUGGUCAGGCAGCUGGAGAAGGCAGCACUGCAUAGAGAAGAGCUUGAACACAGUCUGAAGACGCUGAGCGAUGAACUGCAGGAUGUAAAGGCAGAGAGGACCGUGUUUAAGGAGAAGGCUGAACGUCUCAACCUCGAGCUGAACCACAUCUUGGGCGGCCAGGAGAAGCGUAUCAUCGAUGUGGACGCCCUCUGCAUGGAGAACAAGUCAGGGAGUGUUAAUGUCGCUCGUCAGAUCUUCGUUAUGUGUAAUGCAGUGGUUCUCAACCAUUUUGACUCCAAG